CUGGCUUCUAAACUAACCUUGCCUUAGAUUCAGAUCCAGCCACGCCAUGUGCUAGCUUGCUAAAACAGGUUGAGCUAGCUAGCUAGCUAGAGAAGUUCAGUAUAGAUCUAGCACAGCGAGUCUACUCAGUCCUACUACAUUACUGCACUACUCAAGAGAGGAUGAGUUGGUCAUUAAAUGGAUCCACAGAGGAGCUGCCAAAAAGACUCAUAGUCAUCGGAGUCUGUGCAAUGAGAGCAAAGACACUGGCCAAGCCGAUGCAGAACAUUCUGACAAGACUUUCUUCGUACGAUUACAUUGACAUUCAGAUCUUCAGUGAUGAAGUGAUCCUGCACCAGCCAGUGGACGAGUGGCCAGUAGUGGACUGUCUGGUUGCAUUCUACUCUGAUGGCUUCCCUCUAGACAAGGCCAUUGCCUACGUGGACCUGCGUCAGCCCAUGGUGGUCAACGACCUUCAGGAGCAGUACACCCUCAUGGACAGACAACAGGUGUACGAGACCCUCAUCAAGAACGGAGUGGAAGUACCCAAACACGUGGUCCUCAACAGGGGCGGUGCUGACAAGGAAAUAGAGAUUGUUGAGAACGAUGAUGUAAUUGAAGUGGGUGGUCAAGUGUUCCACAAACCGUUUGUUGAGAAGCCAGUCUCUGCUGAGGACCACAAUAUCUACAUCUACUUCCCCUCUGACUACGGUGGAGGAUCUCAGAGGCUCUUCAAAAAGGUUCACAAUCGAAGCAGUGCCUACUCGAAGGAGAGCUCUGUGCGUAAAGACGGGUCGUACAUCUAUGAGGAGUUUCUGGCCACUGAUGGAACUGACGUCAAGGUCUACGUUGUGGGGCCAGACUAUGCCCACGCAGAGGCUAGGAAGUCACCGGCACUGGACGGAAAGGUGGAGAGAGACGGUCAAGGCAAGGAGGUUCGUUAUCCAGUCAUUCUCAAUGCCAAGGAGAAGCUCAUUGCAAGGAAAGUGUGUCAGGCUUUCAAGCAAACAGUGUGUGGGUUAGACCUCCUGAGGGCCAAUGGGAAGAGCUACGUGUGUGACGUCAAUGGAUUCAGCUUUGUCAAGAACUCUGAGAAGUACUACGAUGACUGUGCUCAGAUCUUGCUGGAGAUGGUGACAGCUCAACUGGCCCCUCAUCUCUUCCCUCGUACUCCACCCUCUGUCGAGUACAUUGUCGAUGAGGUACCCCAGCUGCCCAUUCCCAUACCAAAGAAGGGAGAUAGUCUUGAGCUCCGCUGUGUGGUGGGUGUGAUUCGUCAUGGCGACCGUACUCCCAAACAGAAGAUGAAGAUGAUUGUCACUCACUUGAGGUUCAUCGCUCUGUUCAGAGAACUCAAGGGCUUCGAGAAAGGACAAAUCAAAAUCAAGAAACCAAAACUACUACAACGUGUCUUGGACAUCUCUCGGUACUUGUUGGAGGACCUGCAUAACAGUGACGACCCGUCAGCCCAGGAGAUAGAGGAGGCAGAGCACAAGUUACUGCAGCUCAGGACAGUCCUAGAAAUGUACGGGAAGUUCUCUGGGAUCAACAGGAAAGUUCAGCUGAAGCACGUCAACAAGAACUGCCCCACUGAAGAUCCACACUUGCUCCUGAUUCUCAAGUGGGGUGGUGAGCUGACCCCAGUGGGACAGAGACAGGCUGAGGAGCUCGGACGAGCGUUCCGUUGCAUGUACCCUGGUGGAGAGGGUGAGUAUGCGUCUCUGCCUGGCUCUGGGUUCCUGUGUCUCCACAGCACCUACAGACACGACCUCAAGGUCUACACAUCCGACGAGGGAAGAGUUCAAAUGACGGCCGCUGCCUUUACAAAGGGCAUGUUGGACCUGGAGGGCAACCUUGCCUCUGUGUUGGUGCAUCUGGUGAAACGAGACCAAGCUGCCACUAACAUGCUCGAUACUUCCACUGACACUCGGGCACAAGAGGCCAUGAUCACUGUCAAGAAACGUCUCCACUCUCUCAUGAGGUCCACCUCUGACUUCACCUCCACCAGCUACACUGAGCUCGUACCUACUGAGGCAGAGUCCAUCAAGAGUGCCAUGAAAAUUGUUUGUAACCCGAGUGUGAUGAAUGAGCAACUCCAUCAGAACAUCAGCAUCCUCCUCGAGGAAAUCAGACAGUUGCAGAAAGACUCAAUUAAACAUCACGGUCCGCUGUACGAAGAUGAGACCAUCCCCCUUUUAGAGAAUCGCUGGGCUAAACUGGUGAAGGAUUUCAAGUCCAAGAGUGGCUGGUUUGACAUCAGCAAGAUCCCAGACAUCUACGACUGUAUCAAGUACGAUAUGCUCCACAAUCGUUCCCUCCAUUUCAAGUCUGCCCCCGACGUCACCAGCUGUGCCAUGCCUCUCGCUGACAUCGUCAUCCCUCAGGAGUACGGAAUAACUCUGGCGGACAAGGUUGACAUUGGGAAGAAGCUCUGCACACCACUCUUUAGGAAGAUCCAAGCAGACUUCCACCACACAAUAGUCAACGAGCAGGCCGAUGUGCUUCACCGAUUGGACGCUCGACUCUCAAAGGGUGUGGUCUCUCCGAACAGACACGUCCGGUCCCGGCUAUACUUCACGAGUGAGUCCCACAUCCACUCUCUAGUCAACAUGUUGAGACACGGAGGACUGGAGAAGCACCUGUCCGACACGAGCACACUCAUCAAAGCACUAAAGGAGAUCAACCGUUCCCCAGAGUUCAACUACCUCACACAAAUCAUCUUCAUGCUCUUUGAAGACACCUCCAAAGACUUGCAGGCCGAGGACAGGUUCAGAGUGGACAUUCACUUCAGCCCUGGGGUCAAGUUCAGACAAGAAGUGUUCGUAGAUGAUUCAGAUGACAUUUCAUCAUCACCAAAAGAACUUUGCACCAACUGCCAACUGACGAAUACAUCUGGAAGUAGUCUAUUUGUUCGGCGAUUAUCAAAUAAUGUGCCCGAGACUCACAAAGAAACUGUUGAAGCCGACAAAUCUUUACCCGAAAGAACUCAUCAAAAUGGUUACUCAAACGGCUAUUUUAACCAUGACAACUCAGAUCAUUCCGAUACAGCUGUUAACACAGCCUCAGGCUUAGCACUGGCCACAGAGCUAGCCUCAACCAUACACCCACUCAUUCCUAUAUGUUCCGCCCCACUGCACCAAAUCAACGAUUUCUUCUCGUCUAUAACGGACGUUUGUUUGAACUUUGACCCCGAGCUGAUGACCACCGAUGAUAGUUUACCGUCCACUCCGCGUUCCACAACGACGUCGGAACCUGAUAAGAAGUCACCGACGAGAAAUGGAACUCAAAUACUAACUCAGGUCUCUGUUGGUAAUGGGUUUGCUUUUGUAUAAGAUUAUUAUUUGUGGCACUUUUGGCUAAAAUUUCACUUCUUCAUAAUUAUUUUGCUGUGUAUAGUUGGGUCUUCGCCCGGUUUCUGUGUAACUAAGUCUAUAAUUUAUAUUUAAUGUCCAAAUUAUAAUUAUAAUUACGAUGCAAUUUUUACCAAUACUAUUUAUUGAUGAUCAUUAUUUUGAUGUUGUA